AUGGCAGCACUCCGGUAUGGCACCCGGCCUUCUCUUGAGAAGGCUUCCUUCGAUUUUUCUGGCUACGCUUGCGCUCCACUCGAGGCCGAUCCGGCCGAUGCCAGGGCCCGCGGCUGCGAAUAUGAUAACUUCACGAUGCAGUGGUAUCCUCGCGAGCGAUACGAACGCUCCGAGACUCUUGAGCUGAUGAAUAAGUUCAUGGAUAUGGGCUGGCCACGCCACUUUGACGCGGGGCAGAAGCACGCAAUCACAGACUUGGAAAGAGCCCCGAUGUUUAUCUACAUCCUGUCGAAAGAGCAUAUAUGGCACUGUGGCUAUUCUCUACUGCAGACACACCUGUGGUGGACAAUGGGGUUUGAUCCGCCUAUGGCCUAUGGACAUACAGAGCACUGUGUUUUCACAAUGCUCGACUUAAUCGAACGGUACCCUCCCCCUGAUCUGUACGAUGUCAAACGAAAUGGACGGUCUUCACUGGUCCCUAGCGAAUUUCAAAUUGUCAAACCGUACUUCCCCUGCGCGGAGCAUGGCUUUGCAUGUACUUCCGAAGACCAUCCGUAUCGCCAUUCAUAG